GCGCCUCGGCUAUGACAAUGUUGCAAAGUGCGCCAAGAAGGCUCACAAGGAAGGCACAACCCUCAAGGAGGCUACCCUUUCGCUCGGACUGCUCAGCUCCGAGGAGUUUGACGAGACCGUGCGACCAGAGCUCAUGCUCGGACCGACUGCCUAGAUUUUUGUACGCUCGUGAUUGUAGCGCUGAGCUAGACGCGUCGUCUUCUUUGCCGCCGCUACUCGACCCGAUAGCAGGCGCAGGGUGGCAAGUCAUGGCAGUACAGGCAGCAGAGAGGCCGCUGCAUGCCUUUGUGACGUUCUUGAGCAGCGAUGCGUACCUCGCAGGCGCUCUGGUGACACUACAGUCGCUCAAAGAGGCCGAAGGAAAGAUACCCGCUGUCGACUACGAGACCGUCUGUCUGGUAGUCGCAGAGAAGUUACGCUACGAGACCAUCCAAGCUCUGCAGGCAGCUUUCGACUAUGUACUGUCUGUCGAAGAGAUCCAGACGAAGAAUUGGUCGGAGCUGGAUUUGCUAGGUCGACCAGAGUUGGCGGGAACACUGACGAAGCUGCACACCUGGCGACUGGUACAGUACCGCAAAGUGAUCUACCUCGACGCAGACACGCUCGUGCUUCGACCACUGUCGCACCUGUUCAAGCUCAAGGACACUUUCUCAGCUGCGCCAGACUCUGGCUGGCCAGACUGCUUCAACUCGGGCGUCAUGGUCCUUUCACCUUCGUUGGAUACUUUCGCUAGCCUGGCCGACAUGUCUCAGCAACGGGGAACCUGGGAUGGCGGCGAUCAAGGCUUGCUAAACGACUUCUACCCCGACUGGAACCGCUUGCCCUUCACUUACAACGUCACGCCCACCGCGCAUUACACAUACACCCCCGCGUACCGACGGCAUGGUCAGGAAAUCUCUGUGCUUCAUUUUAUUGGUCAAAACAAGCCUUGGUCAGCGUCCGGCAGCCGAUCCGCUUCGAGCAAGGCCUACCAUCAGCGUGAAAACUUGCGUGACUACAACGAGAUGGUUGCAAGCUGGUUCGACGUCUUUACGCGUCACUACGGAUCUGUGGAGCCAUCUCAAGUCGCGAGCGCGAUCGCGCCCAAGCUGCCUUCGCCCGCUCGUCACCUACCUGCGAAUGGCCGGCAAGCAGGUGUGCCCGCCGCCAAUGUAGGUCCUCAGAAACCUCUUUCACCACCUCUGGUCAAUUGGGAUCCUGCACGCGCCUCGCCUCCGAAGGAUGGGGCACCUCAGAUGCAAGGCACCUUCAACGACUUUUACGAAAACGCAUGGGAUGCGCCUUCCGGCUCUGGACAAUUCUUCGAAGUGCCCGAGUAUGGCGCGAUUCCGGCCCACCUCAGGGAAGAAUACAGACAGUCGAUGCAAGCUUCCGAUACGACUGCUCGAGUCUUUCCUUGGGAAUCACAACAGCCCAAACGAGCCAGUCGCAGAUUUCCGGAUGAUCCUGCCGGCGCUGCAAGUACCGUCAAAUCUAGCUCGCCGCAGCCACAGAGUACCACGAUUGGCAAUGACAUGACCUACAGCAGCAAUGCCUGGGAUGAUAUGCCAGGAAUCAGACAGUACGCCCGUAGGCUCGACCAGCAACAACACCCUGCCGCGCGAUCGUUCGCACCAGAGACGCCUGCGCCAGGAAAGUCAUACGCACGUCGCGGAAGUGCCCAAGCCCAGACAGCAAACGGCAGCUCUGCUGGCAAGUCGUCAGCGAACAAGGUAGCAGGGCCCGGUGAUACAUACGAGACAAGCAGUCAAGUCAGCAGUGGAGAUGGAGAUGAUGAAGGAGCAGAGGAUGAGGAUUCGCCGAAUUCUACGCCUCGGCUGGGCCCUUCACCCAAUGACGAUCGUCCUGGACCUCCACCGUCCAACGCGAGACCGUAUGUACGUCGUGCCGAUGGUUCCGCUGGUUCGAUGAGCCGACUACCGACCGACGCCUCAGCUGCCGUUAGCGCCAAGUCUGACAGCGCUGACGCAUCAAUGCUGACGGUCAACGACAUCAACCAGGCAAUGUCACAAGCACAAGGGCCUGGCUACGCGCGCACCCUGUCGAGCGGGACGGACAGCACCGUCAGCAGCAAUCCAAAACGGAUGAGCCAUCAGAGCAAGUCCAGCAGCGUGACAAGCGUCUCACCUGCUUCGCCUGCGACUCAGAUGCCGCCGACGGUAGGCAGGGUGUUCAGUGAUACGACGGAUACGGCGCAUGUGAAGAAGGAAGGCCUCGAGGCUUUACAGCGAUUGGUGCACACGAUGAAUUCGCAGAGUAAUUCACCGGCUGCUGCUACGCCUCAGCCCGAGACCUGAAUGAUGUCGAGAAAAUGCAUGAAUUCGAGAGUCUGGUGC